AUGAACACCAAGGUCAACAAAAAACUUUUCCUGUAUUUCAUCUGUGUUGAAGACUCUAUAAAUGAGGAAGACCAAAUAAUAAACUUCAACAACAGGACCCCUCUCUGUUACAUCAAAAGCAUGGAUCUUGGAGAAACCUGGAGUGAUGUGAGUGAUUUGACUGACAGAAAUAAUUGGUCUGUGAGUAAUGAUAAUGGAGUUAACUUCAGGAUACUCCAAUCUGAAAACAAGCUUGUGGAAACAGAUUCAGGCUGUCAGGGAAGUAAUUGA